CAGCGCGCCUGCGCAGCUCCGCCCCCUUGAGGGAGGCGAGAAGAUGGCGGAAGCGGAGUGAGCGGCUCGGCCGAGGCUGGACAAACACUGCUCAGCUAUGGAGAAUGAGCCAAGCACAACAACAUGUUCUGCAUCUACAACCACCAUUACUACCACCUCCACGUCCCGGACGCAGCUCCCGCAGAUCUCUGUCUACAGUGGCUCUGACAGACAUGCUGUCCAGGUUAUUCAGCAGGCCUUGCAUCGUCCUCCUAGCUCAGCUGCUCAGUACCUCCAGCAGAUGUACGCAGCCCAGCAGCAGCAUCUAAUGCUGCAGACUGCUGCUUUGCAGCAGCAGCACUUAAGCAGUACCCAGUUUCAGAGUCUGGCAACCGUACCACAGGCAAGCCUGUCAGGUGGGAGGCAAUGUACUUCCCCCACUGGGAGUGUCACUCAGCAGUCAAGCAUGUCGCAGACCUCGAUUAACCUCUCCACCUCUCCUACACCUGCACAGAUAAUAAGCCGUUCACAGACCUCCAACACCACCAGCAGCAGUAUUACCCAGCAGACUAUGUUGCUAGGGAGUACCUCUCCUACCCUGAGUGCAAGCCAGGCUCAGAUGUAUCUCCGAGCACAGAUGCUGAUCUUUACCCCUGCUACCACUGUGGCUGCUGUCCAGUCUGACAUUCCUGUUGUCUCUUCAUCUUCCUCAUCGUCCUGUCAGUCUGCAGCUACUCAGGUUCAGAACUUGACGUUGCGCAGUCAGAAGUUGGGUGUAUUGUCAAGUUCACAGAACGGUCCACCAAAAAGCAGCAGUCAAAUUCAGUCGUUGUCUUUGUGUGCUAAUAAACCUGCAACCAGCACCAAGGGCAACCAGCCAGAAUCCUCAGAAAGCAAUAGAAAAGGUGACAGCCCAACACCAGAGUGUCGGAAUACACCAGUCACACGGACAUCAAGCAUACAUCAGUUAAUAGCACCAGCUUCAUAUUCUCCAUUACAGCCCCAUUCUCUAGUAAAACAUCAGCAAAUCCCACUUCAUUCACCGCCUUCCAAAAUUUCCCAUCAUCAGCUGAUACUGCAACAGCAGCAGCAAGUCCAGCCAAUCGCACUUCAGGCUCCUUCUGGGCAGGAGCCCCCUCCAUCACAACACUGUCUUCCACUCCCAAGCCAUAGUCUUCCUCCAGCUCCUAGCAGCGUACAGUCUCAUUGCUCACCUAUUCACAUCCAUCCUCCACCUUUACCACUAUCUCCCACUCCAUCCCAGUCAGCUCAGCAGUCAGUAGUGGUAUCCCCUCCACCUUCUCACUCCCCUAGUCAGUCACCCACGAUAAUUAUUCAUCCUCAAGCACUUAUCCAGUCACAGGCAAACUCUCUUGUGCCAGCAGCUCUUCAGGCAGAGCAGUCUGCCCCUCAACAAACUACUACCAGUCCAGUGCGACCAAUUGCACAGCCACUUAAUCUUCCAUCUCACCUCCCGCUUCCACCUUCCCCUGCUGUACACAUAGGACCAGUAGAUCAGCCCAGCUUGGUUUCCCCAGGCCAGCAGAUAGUGUCCUCCACACCACACCAACAAUAUUCAGCCUUGCAGUCCACACCUAUCCCUCUUGCAGCUCCUCCACAUCUGUCGACAUCUUCAACCCAGAUACAACAACUGCCAUUGCAGUCUGUACAGUCUUUACAAGUGCAGCCUGAAAUUCUAUCUCAGGGCCAAGUUUUGGUUCAAAACACUUUAGUUUCUGAGGAAGAACUUCCUGCUGCAGAAGCUUUGGUCCAGCUGCCAUUUCAAACUCUUCCACCACCUCAGACUGUUGCAGUAAAUCUUCAAGUUCAGCCAUCAGUACCAAUUGAAACACCGGUGAUUUACCAAGUGGAGAACGUAUGUGAAGAAGAGAUGCCUGAAGAGUCUGAUUGUGUCAACAUGGCUAGAACGCCUACACCACCAACCUUGUCUCCACCAGCAAUAACCUUGGGGAAUGGAGAUGCACUUAAUUCAGAAGAGCCUUUGUCAGAUCACGCAGGACUGCCUUCAGUGACAUCAUCAGUCAGUGCCUCAGUAAUUAAAUCUCCAUCUGAUCCUUCGCAUGCUUCUAUCCCACCACCGCCUCUUUUGCUUCCAGCUGCAACAACAAGGAGUAGCAGCACAUCGAUGCCCAAUAGCAUUCCUAGUCUAGAAAAUAAACCUCCACAGGCUAUUGUUAAGCCACAGAUCCUAACUCAUGUUAUUGAAGGCUUUGUGAUUCAGGAGGGGUUGGAACCAUUUCCUGUAAGUCGUUCAUCUUUGCUGGUAGAACAGCCUGCAGAAAAAAGAUUGCUAGUGGAGGGUCAAAUCAUGAGUGUUAUGUGUGUUGAAUCAGACUUGCAGAAUACAAAACAUGCAGACAACUCAUCGGACACAGAGAUAGAGGAUAUGAUUGCAGAAGAGGGCCUGGAUGAAAUGGAAAAUGAACUCCUGAAGUGUGAAUUUUGUGGAAAAAUGGGAUAUCCCAACAAGUUUCUACGAUCAAAACGAUUCUGUUCUACGUCCUGUGCUAAAAGGCACAGCCUUAGUUGCACUAAGAAAUUUGGGCUGUUUGCAUCAGACAAGACCAAUCGUUGGAAUCGGAAAUCAGAUAGCCAAAGUCUUGGGCGACGCGGGCGUCGACCGAGUGGCCCUGAUGGGGCACCACGAGAUCAUUUUCUUAGACAGCUUCCAGUUACUUAUCCGUCUGCAGAAGAAGAUAUGGCUUCUCAUGAAGAUGCUGUUCCUACUGCAAUGACCACCCGUCUGCGAAGGCAGAGUGAGAGAGAGAGAGAGCGUGAACUUAGGGAGCUAAGAAUUAGGAAAAUGCCAGAGAGCAUUAACUUGUUACCAGUGGUGCAAUCAGACCCUUCGGUAUGGACUGUUGAUGAAGUUUGGGCCUUUAUACAUUCUUUGCCUGGUUGUCAAGAUAUUGCAGAUGAAUUUAGAGCACAAGAAAUUGAUGGGCAAGCUCUCCUCUUAUUGAAGGAGGAUCACCUUAUGAGUGCAAUGAAUAUUAAGCUUGGACCUGCAUUAAAAAUCUGUGCACGUAUCAAUUCACUGAAAGAAUCGUAGGGGGUGAACGUGAAGAUUUAAACAAGUUACUCUGUGACUAAGUCAGCAGUAACACGCCAACGACUUGAGCAUGGCAUGAGUGUUACUGUGAUGUUUUGUUGAACAUCUGGGGUUUUCCCCACACAGACUUGAAAAAAAGAAGAUAUUCUGCUGAUUAUAUCACGUGGUCCUUUGCAGCUCCCAGCAAUUAAUAAGUUUGUGGUAAAGCUCAAAUAACGCGUUGAGUUAUAGGGGGAGUUUGUGGGAAAACAUGAAGUGAAAUAUUCUGUUAAUAUUCUGUUAAAUAUUCCCCAGUAUGUACUUGUAAGUUUAAAAUGAACACCCCAGCACCUUCAUAACCUAAACACCAUUUACAUUUUCUUGCUGUAUUGUCAAUUAUGACUUUUCCCGCAUACAGCAGUUUUUGGACUGAAAUAACUGCAGUGUCCACAGACCCUGUGGAAGCACUAAUAAUGGUAAAAUGCUAUGCAUUUAGUUGUGCUCUCUGAAUUUCUUCUAGUCUUGGGCAAACUGUUUGUAUGGAGUAGGUUGGCAGCCUGUUUUCCUUGUGUAGAUUUACCCUCAUCUCUGCCACUGUAGUAUUUUCUUUGUUUGGAAAUACUAUAAGCCAUGUAGGCAUCUUGUUAAAGUCCUAAUUAUCAUGCUACUGAAAUGCAAUGGCAUUACACUCUUGCCAGAGCUAACUGAAGCACAUAUUUUACUUUAUUCCUUGUAUGCUGCUGUGCACUAAGAGGGCAUUACGAUGUUAGGUUUCUAGUUCUGCAUGCUGCUAGUUAAACUAGACCAGCAGUUCUCAAAUGCAGAUCUCGGUGUGAGAACGGUCACGUUCCCAGUGCCUAGGCAUGAGUGGUUUAGUUAGUUCUGGCUGUGACUUAUGCUGAGAGAAGUCUACCCUAAAGACUGGAGGUAGAGAGAAGGGAUGGUGUAGCUCACAGCCUCUUUUUCCUGUUACCAUUUUGUCUUCUAACAUGUCUUUCCUUGUAGUGCAUUCCCAUUGCCUCACUGGAAGCUUCCAAGCACUUCUUUGUCCACUGACUAGUAUGAGCUGGGCUUGCUGUAGCUCAAGGAAGGAACACGUUGAGGAACUUGGUAUAGGAGCAGCUGCAGUGGCAGUGGAAGGAGCCUAGAGCUGUAGGUGAGCAGGAGGAAUGUGCCCCUUCUAGAUAGCACUGGGAGAAAUCUCUAUGGCCCUAUUUGUGAUCCUGGCGGGAGAUUUUGGCUUGGAUGCUGCAGACCCAAGCAGUGGGAUGGGUGUCUCUUUUCACUCUCUCAUCUUUUAUAUGGAACAAAUGGUUCCCCACUUACUGACACCCUCAGAGAUGGGCUCUGAGGCAGCAGCACCUUCUCAAUCUUUGCUUCCCCCAUUACCCAUGUAAAGACACCCUUAGAGAAAUUUUGCACCUUCAGUUCCUUUCCUCUUGCAGCUCCACUUCCCUUAUUUACAGGCCAAGCUCCCUAAGCUCUCCUAGAGGGAAGGAAGGGUGUGUGUGUGCUGAUAGAGUUACUGUGUAUAUAUUGGAAUAUGUGUAUGUGUCUGCAAACGAUGUAUUUUGUAUGUUAUGCAAAUUGAUGCAUAAUACAUAAUUGUGUAGGGUCUGCCUAAAUAUUUUCCUAAGUAUUCCUGGGAAGAAAAAUUGAUCUAAAAUUUGAGAACUGCUGACCUAGAUCAAAAGGGGUCAAUGCACCUACACUGGCUGAAAGGAAGGUUUGUGACAGACCAAUAUGUGUAGUAUUGAACUGAUGACCUUAAAGAGUCUAUUGGGAUUGCAGAAGAACUUGCACUUUGUUUUCCUUUAAUUAGAUAUUUUUUCUUUCUUUUAAGAGACCUUCUCCCAUUAUAUUCCAGAGAUCAGUGUUAGAAUCGAUUCCUUUAAUUACAACCACUUGAGCAUUCUGAUAGAGGAUGUUAUUAAUUUUUAUCAACCACUGAAACUCCAAGUUAGGACAAUCCAUUGCUGUUAUGUGCUAAUUCAUGGUGAGAGCCCUAAUCCAAAUGGCACUGAAGGCUUUGGAGAAUUAAUUGAUGUCUGGGUUUAAUCUGGAGGGAAGUUGCUAAGCACUUUCUGAUUUGUUUGGGUUUUCUUUCUGUCUUCAGUUACUGUUGUCAAAUAAACUUAAUUGUGAAGGUUCAUUGUUUGGCAAUGUUCAUUUGAAAGAUUCUCAAAUGAUGGAGGCAGUAGGUUCCUAUUCGUAGCAUUUUUGUAAGAUACACCUUGUAGCAUAUUUGUAACAUAUGUUUUAAAGAAUAGGUUCUGUUUUAAUGAGCUAAUUGAGGACUGAAGAUAUCUGAGAUAUUUAUCUUUUGGCUUCUGUCUAAAAGUUUUAUUAUUUUUAUACAGAAACAUCACUGUCUAACUUUUAACCUGUCUUCUGAUUGUCCUGUUUGAUGUAAGCAGUAGGUGUACGUCAGUGUGAACUGAUAAUAGCUUAAGGCCUAUUUAAAAAUGUGGACUUAUGUUGUGAGACUUAUUUAGACCUGCAGUUAACCAGUGUUACGUGCAUGAGAAUCCCAUGAUUGUUUUCAUUUUUGUUUUAUGAGACAGCUUCCAGGAGAACUGCAGCUAGUGUUUAUGCACAACGCUUGCUAAUCACUGACAGAUGCCAGGAGCCCAUUGCAGACAUGAUGAAUGCACAUCUGCUCUGGUUCUUCUGGUGCACUAUGUUUUCUGUGGUUUUGGGAGAGCCAUAGAUAAUGAGUUAUGCUUUAAGUAUUCAUGAAUGCAGCUAAGAAUGUGGGCCUUACGUAUAUCGGAAGGUUAUUCAUUCAACUGUGUUGGCAUUACGUAGGACUUGACAUCAGAUACAGCUAUAAUAAGCUACCCUGAUAGAGCAGCACACACAUUAGAGCUUGUCAGUAUUGCUGUGCCAUUAAAAUCUGUUCUUAAAAAAUCACACCUGUACACAAAAGCUUUCAAGUGCAACUGAAGCCUAUUUCAGAAACUUUGGAAUGUACUCAAAAGAACAAUCAAAUACUUGGAACAAUCAACUACUUGGCACAGUAUUCCUCUAGAACAGAUUUUAUGUCAUGCUCGUCUCCUGGGUCUCAACUUCUGGCUUGAAGUUGUUGAUUUUGGAUUCUGAAGGAGGGUAUCCUUGCUGGUAAUGGGACUUCACUAAAAGCACAAAUACAACUAAUUUAUGACACAGCUGUUCUGUAGGUACAGUCCUGUUCAUGUGUGGGAGCACUUAAUGCUGUCCUCCACUACCUGGUCAGUAUUUCAGCAGCUGGAACAUUGAUGUUCUGUGGUAGUUCUCUGAAACAUUCUGCAAAGCCAGCUUUCCUCCCAAGUAUUCAUUUAAAAAGGUAGAAUAGCUCAUUAAAAUCAGUGUUGAUUUUCAAGGGACUCUGAUAUGAGGGAAAGUACAGAAGUUUCUCAGAGUGUUAAUACUUUAUCCACUGUUAACACUAAUAUUAUAUAAUCCUGUAAGAACUGAAGGACUGUAAAAUGUUUGUGUGCCAUAAGGUCGUUAGUUGCUGUCACAGCACAAGUAGUGACAUAUAGCGGUUAGCAGUUGUCAAUCAUUCAUAUUAUUUCAGGUCCUAACGUAGCUUCUCCUCUUUCAGGCUUGCAGUGAAACUGUAAUGCUGUUCUGCAGAGUAAUGGUGUUUGGUUAUAUUGCUUGACUCAAGGCCCAGUGUUCAGACUUCCCAGAAGCUCCAGAUAAAAGGAAGUGCAACAAGAGUGGAAAAGAGGCUGUUAGGAGGAUAAUAGGAUGAGAUCACAACUGAAUCAGGUAUUUCCCUGUAUAAAACAUAAAAGAUAAAGAUGGGCUUAAAAUGAGAUACUAUUCAUCUAUUUUAAGUUAGUUACUUGUCAGUAGGCUUAGACACUGCAGUUGGGUGCUAUGUGUAAAAAACCCUUUAAAUGGCUUUAGAAGCAGUGCAGCAACUGAGGGAAUUCUGCAGUAUCAGAACAGAUGAAGAUGUGUAAACUUUAAUUACAAGUUGAGAAUCUGAUAAAUACGUCUGUACCUUACCCAGCUUCUUGCAAUUCCAGUUCUUUCUGCAUUAGUGAAUCAGAAGGGUGAGACUAACCACACAAAAGGGAUCUGAAAUGUACGUUAUUGAAAUAAUCUUGCCUUCAUCUGGUUUGAAGUGAAUUUUAAAUGAGGUAUUUUCCCUUGUUGGCUGAGUUGGUACAAAUAAGCUACUUCAUGACCUUCUGAAGUGCCUGGUGCAUUACGAUGUUUGGAACUAGGUUUUAGUAUUUGUCAAGUCCCUUUCAGUGGGUGUCCGGUGUAUGUGAAACCUGAAAGAUCUGUUUAGACAUUAUGCUGUAGCAUGUCAAGCACUAACUAGUAGCAACUGGAAACUGGGGGCAGGGAGUGAUUCCUUAAGGCUAUUUUAUGGUAUAUGGUUCCCUACUUCUAACGUGGAAAUAGGAUUUCCUCCAAAUACAUCAUCCUGCAUAAACGAUGAAACACUUUGUGAUGCCAAACACCUCAAACUACGUUUGCUGCAAACACUGUUGCCUCUUAUUACAAUCGUUUCAAAACUUUGUUUUUUAUCCUUUACUCUUCUUUUCUUUUAUGGCCUUUUUGAUUGUCUAGAAACCAUUUCCUGCUGUUCUAGAGAUGCUGUCAUUUUGGUUACAUCACUGAAACCUCAAAGAAACCCACAGUGCACAGUGCAAUAGACACUGUGUGUAAAGCAGUAAAAUGAUAAUUGGACUUUGAUACAUUGCAGAAAUGUAAGCUUAAUAGACGAUGUUUGAUUGUGAAGCCUUAUCACGGAGUGCUAUACUAGAAUAUUGUUUUAUAAUAAAUUCUAGCACAUAUAUCACUGAUAUAUCAUUAAAUUUGUCUAUAAUUAAUACAUAAUAACGUAAAUGGUAGCCCCAACAUUAAAUUGUACACUCGAGGAGCACAGUGAGUUAUGUAAAACAGAUGAUCUUCACCUCCUGAAUCGUUUUUCUUAAAGCACUUUCCUACCAAUUAGCACGUGAAUGAGUUUUAGAUUCGCCCAUUUGUUAUCAUGGGUAGAAGUGGGAUUUCUUCAAUCUAUCUGCUAAUGUUUAAACUGAAUAUACAAAUGCUGAAACAAAGCACCUUAUACUAUGCUGCUUAAAUUUGCUUGUAAUUGCACCUUUGGUUAUCUGCAGAUUUUUCUUCAGUAUUCUUAUGUGAUACCAUUGUUCCCUGUGGGUCUGAGUGAAUGAUUAACCAACCUACAAUAAUAUAAUUUACUUACAUAGUUUUUACUGCAAUACAAUAUUGUACUGUGAGUUCAGUGCUUCAGAAAUAAAUACUACUUCCAUUUG